UUCCGCGACGCCACUGUAAAUGGAACACUAUAAGAACGGGUCGGUCCAAAAUAUACGUAGUUAACCUGCAAACCUCUGAUCUUCACAGUGUUAAGGUGAUAAUAGCAGUGAUCAGUUUCCACAAAAAUGCCUGGACCGUCUAGACCUCUCUGGCAGGUUGCCGGUAAAAGAGACCCUGAGCAAGAAAAAGAAGCCCAGGCUUGGAUCGAAGCUGUUAUUGGGGAAAGAUUUCCACCUGUUCCAUACGAAAUAGCUCUUCGUGAUGGAAUAAUCCUUUGCAAGUUAAUGAACCGUCUUUCGCCCGGAAUCAUCACCAAAAUCAACACUUCUGGUGGUGACUACAAAAUGAUGGACAACCUUAGCCAGUUCCAGAAAGCGUGCGUGAAAUACGGCGUUCCUGAUGUCGAUUUGUUCCAAAGUACGGAUUUGUGGGAUCAAAAGAACAUUGCUGCUGUCACAAUCACGAUUUUUGCUAUUGGUCGCACCGCUUACAAACACCCCGAAUGGAAGGGGCCAUGGUUGGGCCCCCGUCCAUCCGAAGAGAACAAACGCGAAUUCACAGAGCAACAACUAAGAGCUGGAGAAGCCAUCAUAGGUCUCCAAGCCGGCACCAACAAGGGGGCCACACAAGCUGGUCAAAACUUUGGCGCCUCCAGAAAAAUUAUCCUAGGGAAAUAAGUUUUAUAUUUGUAACCUGAUUGAAUGUUUGUAACGCACAUAAAUUGAAAUAAAAGUAUUUAUUUUUA